AUGAGGACCUCUGGAGGGUCUUCGAAACCCGUCAGACAGAAGCCGUUGUUCGCGAGGAGGGGGCAGUAUGAACGGCAGAGUGUGCCGAAACGUGUGAGAGUGGUUCACAUUUCUCAACAUGGCCUUCCUCCUCCAUCUAAAGUGGUACCCAGACCUGUGAAGCCCAUGUGCUCUCAGCUCGGACAAAGCUGCUUACCCCAGUCUGGCUGCUGUGAGCCACAAACCAUGUGCCACUGCCGCUUCUUCAACACCAUCUGCUUCUGCCGGAGAAGAAACUCGGUGAAGAAAACAUAAAACAGAGCAGCGUGCAGCAGUGAUGGAGGUCCCGGCAGAUUGGGAGCGUUUUGGAUGCUUUGGUGACAUAAGGAAGAGGCAGUUGUUGAACUCUCUACCUUUAGACUGGGAAGCAAACUGCUUAUCAUUAGGUUACUGGUAAAGUCAGUGUUAGGUGCAUGUACAGUAUGCAUGAGCCAAAAAUAUGAACAUGUGUUAUUCCAGCUUCUGCCCCACAGGAGUGAAACUUACAGUUAAAAUACUUAAGGGUAAUGGUAUAGUUGUUGUGCAGUUUGAUGUACAAAGUGGAGCUGAAUAGUCACUGUUUCUUAAAUGUAUGUUAUGAAUGUAUUCAAUCAUGUGUUCAAUUGAAAUAUAGUCUGGUCUUAAAUAUUUAACAAAUGAAUUGAUAU